GUUUCCUAUGGAAGACAAACAGAAAGAAAUCGCGCGAUCAAGAUCCUUCUGGAUCUCCUCAGAGAGUGUAUCUUGACAGUGACAUGCCUUUUGAAAAAAGUCCGGACUCCGAUUAUGAGGAUACGUCUCAAAAUGGAAUAAAUGGAAAAGAGACUCCUGAAUACAAAUCAAGCAAAUCUCUGAACGAAAAAGAUAUGACAGGCGAUCAAUUGCCAAAAGACUGGUCCAAUACGAAGGACAUCUGUUCCUUGAACGAUUGGUUAAAUUCAAACAAGAAUUUUAAAACGGAGCAGGAUAAACGAGACUACGAAUCCGAUCAGGGAAAUCCCCUUAGUCCAUUAAAAACGGAUUCGCGAUUCAACGUGAGAAAUCAACGGGACGAGACGAAGAAGGAGGAAUCGCCAUCUUUGGAGUCGCUUAAAGAGACGAUACUGGAAUUAAAGAAAAGUUUAAACGAGGAUGGCAAGAAGGAGCGCCAAGCGAAAGUAAAGGAGAAAGAAGAUGCGAAGGAACGAAAUACCCGGGGCAAGAAUAAACACAGAAAACACGAAAAGAAUACAGAUUCCAGCGGGUCGGACACUUCGGAACCAGAAACGUCCGAUCUAAAAAAGCGUGAACAGGAUGGUGAUGACGUUAAUGAGAAGAAAGCAGAUCGAAAAUCGUGGAGAAGAAAAAGGACCGAGGAUAAUAACGAGGAUGAUAGCCCGAAACUCUUCCACCGCGCGGGGUUUGGGGAGUCGUACCUUGAAGAGGAGACUCUAAAAGAGCUUCAUGACCGUAAAAGACGCAGCAAAGGAAUCUUGUCAGACGAGAAACAUUGUUUGGACGGAUCUUGUGAUAAAAACAACUCACAAACAGACGAGAAAGAUCCGAUGAAAAUGUCAAAGCAAACCGAUUGCAAUGACCUGGAUGAUUCCAGCAAAAAGGAAUCCAAUGAUUUGCAACCGAACGAUGCUUUCCAGCAAAAUAGUAAACCAAUAAACAAUUUCGAAGAUACCUCGAAUCUCCUUCAGAACAGCAAAAACAUGGAUGUAAUUGGAAAUUACGAUCAUGGUAAUCAGAUGGAAAACAAAUUGAUGAAGGAUGAGGCAAAAGGAGAUUCUUUGGAUAUUUUCGGUUCUAUGUCGAACGAAUUGCACCCUGCUACCGGCAGGACUUUAACUCUGAGCACAGACGACGGUGACAAAGUUGAAGAAGCCAGAAUGCAGCAACUGAAAGUUUUCCAACCUGAAGACAACGAUCGUGCAAAACCUUUUCAGCAAUUACCGCAGGAGAAGAGGUCUCCAAAGGACUCUGACAACGUUAAUAUCCUUGUCAAAUCGGAGAAUAAAAAUUUAAUUAAAUUUAGCAACACUGGUGGCAAUGAAAAUUCAGGGAUCAAAGGUGAACAGCCAUACAUGCUGAACACAUUCAACAUGAAGAAGAAAGUGUUCGUGGAAAAUGAGGACAAACAUGGAAAAUCAGUGGCCACGGUGUUUAACGUGAAAAUCGAGAAGGCACAAGUUGAUUCACCUAUGAAGAGUAAUAAUAAACAAGAACGAAUGGGAGGAGAAGAGCAAAUUCCAUUUGCUUCGCCCAAUUUGGGGAAGGAUAAGGCUAAUGAACUUUAUGAAAACAAGCAUGACUUAACGAAUGAUAUUAAUGAUAUUAAUCAAAGGAACAUUGAUGAAAAAGGAAUCAAUUUUGUUGAGAUUAAUAAAGGAUCAACAGAGAGCAGCGGGAAAGAAGGAACUCAAAACUGGUAUAAGAAUAAUAAUCAGUUAAAUAUGAACGAUCAAAAUGUAGUGGGGAAGGAUCUGUUUGGAAAGAAAGAGGAAAAAUUAAGUGAUAAUAAAAUGAGGAAAGAUUCUAUUGAUAGAACAACUUCAAGUGAUAUAAGUUCCUCCAAUCUUGAAGACAAAUCAGUAAAUUCCGAAGAGAAGAACAAGAGAAAGUAUACUCAGAUAGUGAUAGUACCCGAGGGGUUGGACGACCGGAAGCUAAAUGACAUGUAUACCCAGAGAAGAAUACUCCAAUACAUGGAAUACUCGAAUGACGAUGUCGAAGAGGCAAACGCGAGUUACAGCGACAAGGAAGAAGAUGAAAAUCAACGGCAAGCUGAAAAAAGUAGCGCAUCAUUGAAAAGAAAAGGCCGAGCCGCCGUGCGCGAUAAAGGGAAAGCGAAAGUGAACGUACUGAUUAAAGAGAAGCUGGACAAGAGAAAGAAAUACGGUCGGGAUUCCACGAGGAAAAGGCGUAAUCCAGUAAGCGUGAUCGAGUAUUACGAUUACGAUAGCGAUAACGAGCAACGGGAACACGAGACUGGUGAACAAGAACGACUUAAAACUAAUUAUGACAAGAACCCUAUCGAAUCCGAUGCGGGACUUGAAAAAGGGCAGAUCAAACAUUCUUGCCUAUCGCCGGCUACGAAGAAAGACGAACAAGAGGAAGAGGUACUGAAGCUGAAGAAACUAAAGAAUAAACAGCCGAAACAGGAAUUCAUCGUACACGACAGUGAAUCUGAACCUAAAAACGCGACCGAGAAAACCGGCGAGAAGAAAAGCUUCGAGAGUUUGUCGACAAGUGAAGAAGGUUCCUCUGUUAAGAGGCCCCAGGAACAAUCGGGAAGGUUAAGUCAAUCGAUCGCGGAGAGGGAAGAUAAAUUCUUAGGGGGCGGUUCGAAGGAUCCAGUGACGUAUAUCUUCACUGCGGAAAAGGACUUGGAUCCCGAAAUGAUCGAUGAUAUUUUGGAGGAUAUUCAGUCAAUAGAUAGAAAAAAUGAGAAAACGUCUAACUUCGAACCAUUGUACGAAGAGUUGAAGAAGAUAUACGACUGGAACCAGGACGAGUUGCAAAACAAACCGAGGAUUAAAGGCGAUCACAGAAUGUAUUACGGGGCCAAUGACAAACUAGAUCCAACUAAUAAGAUGUCCGAAUCAUUGGCAGGUCAAAUCGAGGUUCCGGAGACUGAAGCUUCUAGCCCGAACUUAUUGCCUCUUUUGCUCGUUUACAAUGGAUCAGGGAGAUCGGUAGCUGGGACGAAAACGUGCUCGACCGAGUCAUCCGAUCACCCCGAGAGCCGAUCGUCGAGCAACGUUUCACAAAAUAAUUAUUUCGCCCUUAAAAGCACGGACGAUAUGUUUAAAGGCGGCUCGGAGCAAAGUAACAGCACGGAGGUAAAAUUACGAGAACCCAGCUCUAUCGGCACGGUGGUUGAAUGGCGAGAGCAAAAAGUGAGCGGAGUGAGUAACGAGCCGGCCCGAGAAAAAGAUGCCGGCAGCUGGUCAUUAACGGGCCGCGGGCAAUAUAUUGACACAGAUUCGCGUUCUCCUUACGAAAAUCGUAAAUAUCUGGAAUCACGGUUGCCCCGGGAACGCGUCCAAAAUAUAGAUCGCGAGAAACAGACGGUUAUUAGCUCCGGAGACCUGCACGAAUCCUUCGUGGAGCCUUUGGACUGGAACGACGAUUUCGACGAGGAUACGAGGCUGAGAUUGAGCCGAAGUUUAAAAACGAUCGAUCGAGACAAUCCCGAAUCGUCUAAGGACAAAAUCGACCACUUCGGAGCUGACUCGGUUACUAAAGUCGAAGAUGGAGAAAAGAGAACGUCGACUUUAAUUACCGAGCGGGCUCUGCUGAAUGUUUCCACUGAGAUUUCGAAAAUCCCGGAUAGCACGAUGAGAACAACAUCGAAAUUGGAAGAUUCUCAGCUUGCUCUUCUGCAGUAUCCUCCUUUGGAUUUGCUGGAAUUAUUUAAUAAGAAUACCAAUCGAAUGAAAAGGCAAGCUCCGCUGCCUUACGAUACGUUUUAUGACGAUACGAAUGAACCGCCAGCUGAUUCAGAGAAAUUAGAUUACUAUGGAUAUCCGAAGAAAGGAGGGAGGAUGAACAAUCCUGUUCAGUCUUUGAUUUCCAAAUCGGAUGAGGGAAUGGAACGGUACGACACGAUGGAGGAUGAAAAUUAUGGGAAAGUGGCUAGACGAGCAAGGUCGAAGAAGAAAAAGAAACAUAAGAAGAGAAAGAAACAAUAUUCAGACGAGUUGAAGAAAAGGAAGAAGAAAGAUCACACGAAAAAGUCCAAGCAUUCUGGUCGUAGAAAGCGAAGACAUCCGAAGAAACAUUCGAAUGCUUCUAAAAAGGACCACGAACAUGGUCGGAAACACAAGAAACGAAUGUCGAAGACUGCAAAUCAUCACGGAAAUGGCAAAAAGAGCAAAGUCGAUGAUAAGGGUCAUAAUAGUCAUCAGGAACCUUCUGUAAAUGAACGAAAGACACGUCGAGAGAAAAUGUACAGCGAAAAUGCAAUAAACGUGGAUAGUGAUAGACAGAGAAAAAAGAUCUCCUCGCUGUUAACGAUCGAUAACGUCGAAGAUGAAUCGCAGAUGGACUCGGCUCUUCAUGGCGAGCUUGCUGGAAAGAUCGUGGAACACAUUUUUGAUCAGGUUCAAAAGAACGAGGACCUAAAAGUAUCCUUAGGACCAGGUCUGUAUCAAGAGCACAAAACUCAAGAUACAGUAUCAUCUGACAAGACGUAUCGUCAAGCACUCAGCAAUGACGAAAUCAAUCACACGACAGAAUUGUUAAACAAAAUUAUGCUACUCCUGAAUCGAUUAAUUUUCGACGAAGUGCAGCGAAAAACCUGCGUCUCCUUAUCCCCGGAUUUAACAGAAUUCUUGGAUUGGAUGCUGGACGUGAAUCCAAGACGAAAUUCCAUAGCACAACUACCAUCUUUGCCAUUGGUCCACGCGGUGGACGUUCCAACUCAUUUUCCAAAGGACAAGUUUCUCUUCGACGGUUCUCCAAGUGACGAAAAGGAAGCUGAAUACAGUGAAUUACGCGAAAAGCUUCGAUUGAUCGAGAAGUUGAUUAACGAGUACAAAACACUGUCGGAAAAGGAGAAGACGAAGGUUCAGUCGGUUCACGAUUACCUGUCGAAGCAGCUGGAUUUGUUACUCGAAUACGUCGAAGUAAAUGAGAAAAAGCGAUCGGCGUCUUCGAUUGGAUCAGCCAAAGGUGGAAGCAAAAUGAUCGUUCAGUAUCAAGGAGGAAUGACUAAUAUUACUAAUCAUGGUCGUUCGAAGGGGGCAAGUAUGGUCUCUUCAGCCGGAUUCCUCGCGGAUGAGGAAUACUUUCCCGAGGACGGGCUGGACUUUUUCCAUAAAGGGCGCAGAACAAUCCGCAGUCUGGACAAGCAUUCGAAAGCUGGUAAGAAGCAGAGAAAACGCGGGAAACGUAAAAAGAAGCAUCGUGAACGGCACAAAGGUGGCAACGCUAUUGAUCAGCCACCACAUAAGGACACCUUGCACAAUGCCAUCGCGUUGCGACAAAAACGAACCGCUAAUUUAUAG